AUGACUCUCAACACCUUCCACUAUGCCAGUGUGUCCAGCAAAAAUGCUACACUCAGUGUCCCCUGUCUGAAAGAAAUCAUCAACAUUGCUACCAAUAUCAAAAUGCUUUCAGCCUUCUGCAUCAAAGACUUCAUGUUCAUCAAAUCUUUCUUCACCAUUCCAGACAAGGAAAUCGAGUCAAAGCUCCACCUUCAGUCACCAUGGCACCUUUGGCUGGUGCUCAACCAUGCCAGAAAGAUUGAUUGGAGUCUUGCUGUGGUCACUGGCCACAUCACUGGGAGCUUCAAGAUGGACCUCUUCAUUGGUACAGUCGAAGAAGACAUCUUCCUCUGCCAAUUCAAGAACACAACAUUGAACUUGGUCAGCCUGCGCAGUGUCCCUACCUCAUAUUUUUGUUGGAGUAUGAUGAGGGGAGCAUCAAGACGAGAGGAGCAGGUUUUGGAGACUGACAGUGUCAACUUGAAGGCAGUGAUCUGCCUUCCAGAUGUCAACUUUACUCAAACAUACUUGAACAGCCAAACACCCAUGGAAAUCGCUCCUCAUGGUAUCAACCACACUGACAUUGGCACCCUGGCAUCACUCAUUGGAGGAGAAACAGUGGGGAUUUUGAUGGAAGCUGCUGGGUGUCACUGA